AUGAUUGGAGGAAAAUUCAAAGAUACAAAAACUAGAUCUAUCGUCCCUGUAGAGUUGAACGCAUUAAUAUUUUGGAAUUCGAAGAUAUUGAGCAAUUUCUACAGGGAACUGAAUAAUACCAUCAAAGCUUUGGAAUAUGAAGUCAUUGCUAUGGAAUGGACGAAUGCUGUGACUGCAGUUCUAUGGAACGAGGAAGUGGGUGCCUGGCUGGAUUUUGACUUGCUUAAUCACAAAAAACGAAACUAUUUUUACCCAACUAAUAUAUCACCCUUAUGGACGGGAUGUUAUGACAAAAACCAAACAGAUUAUUUUGACUGA